AUGGUGGACAUCCUCCUCCCGCGGCCGCUCCCGGGCGCCAUGGGGGAGCCCUCCAAGAGGCGGCCGGGGCUGGCCCUGUGCGCGGGCUGCGGGGGCCGCAUCCAGGACCCCUUCCUGCUGCGGGUGUCGCCGGACCUGGAGUGGCACGUCGCCUGCCUCAAGUGCGCCGAGUGCGGGCAGCCCCUCGAUGAGACCUGCACAUGCUUCCUGCGCGACGGCAAGGCCUACUGCAAACGGGAUUACAGCAGGCUCUUCGGCAUCAAGUGCGCCCAGUGCCGGGCGGCGUUCAGCAGCAGCGACCUGGUGAUGCGCGCCCGCGACCACGUCUACCACCUGGAGUGCUUCCGCUGCGCCGCCUGCGGCCGCCAGCUCCUGCCCGGCGACCAGUUCUGCCUGCGGGAGCGCGACCUGCUCUGCCGCGCCGACCACGGGCCGCCCCCCGACGGCGCCGCCGCCCGCGGACCGCGCAGCCCCGCGCUGCCGCCGGCCGCCGCCGCGCACCUCGCAGAGCCGGUGCCCGGGCGGCCGCCCGCCCCGCGGCCGCCGGCGCACAAGGCGGCGGAGAAGACCACCCGCGUGCGGACGGUGCUGAACGAGAAGCAGCUGCACACGCUGCGGACCUGCUACGCCGCCAACCCGCGCCCCGACGCCCUGAUGAAGGAGCAGCUCGUGGAAAUGACGGGACUCAGUCCCCGCGUCAUCCGCGUCUGGUUCCAGAACAAGCGCUGCAAGGACAAGAAAAAGUCCAUUCUCAUGAAGCAGCUCCAGCAGCAGCAGCACAGCGACAAGACGAGCCUGCAGGGCCUCACCGGGACUCCGCUCGUGGCCGGCAGCCCCAUCCGCCACGAGAGCGCCGUGCAGGGCACCGCCGUGGAGGUCCAGACCUACCAGCCGCCCUGGAAGGCGCUCAGCGAGUUCGCCCUGCAGAGCGACCUGGAGCAGCCCGCCGCCUUCCAGCAGCUGGUCUCCUUCUCCGAGUCCGGCUCCUUGGGCACCUCCUCCGGCAGCGACGUGACCUCGCUGUCCUCCCAGCUCCCCGACACCCCCAACAGCAUGGUACCCAGCCCGGCCGAGACGUGA